GCUGCCUCCAAAACCUCCAGUCAAGUUUAGACCACACCGAGCUCCACCGACUCUUGCAUCCUCCUCUGUCCAGCAGCCUCCUCUUCUCUGCAUCUGCUUGUUGAGCUCCACCGUCAACCUUUCGAGGGCUCCUCAGAGGCGUCUUGCUCUGAAGCAAAACAAGAAAGUAAAAACUCUCCUGUUUUAUUUUGUGUGAGGCCCGCAGGACACCGAGCGCCAGCUGCCACCAUGGAGGCCAUCAAGAAGAAGAUGCAGAUGCUGAAGUUGGACAAGGAGAACGCCAUCGACAGGGCGGAGCAGGCAGAGACAGACAAGAAGGCUGCGGAGGAUAAAUGCAAGCAGCUGGAGGACGACCUGCUUGCACUGCAGAAGAAGCUGAAGGGAACGGAGGAUGAGCUGGACAAGUUCUCCGAGGCCCUAAAGGAUGCUCAGGAGAAACUGGAGCUGUCGGAGAAGAAGGCCACAGAUGCGGAGGGCGAAGUGGCAUCCCUGAACCGACGCAUCCAGCUGGUGGAGGAGGAACUGGACCGAGCUCAGGAGAGACUGGCCACAGCCCUGCAGAAACUGGAGGAGGCUGAGAAGGCAGCAGAUGAGAGUGAAAGAGGCAUGAAGGUCAUCGAGAACAGAGCCAUGAAAGACGAGGAGAAGAUGGAGAUUCAGGAAAUGCAGCUCAAAGAGGCCAAACACAUCGCCGAGGAGGCCGACCGCAAAUAUGAGGAGGUUGCUCGCAAGCUGGUGAUCCUCGAAGGGGACCUGGAGAGGGCAGAAGAGCGGGCAGAAAUCGCUGAGACGAAGUGCAACGACCUGGAGGAAGAGCUGAAAAACGUCACCAACAACCUGAAGUCUCUAGAGGCUCAGUCUGAUAAGUACUCUGAGAAAGAAGACAAGUAUGAAGAGGAGAUUAAAGUCCUGAAUGACAGACUUAAGGACGCGGAAACUCGUGCAGAAUUUGCUGAAAGGACAGUGGCGAAGCUCGAAAAGACCAUAGAUGACCUAGAAGAGAGCCUCUCGCAAGCGAAAGAGGAAAACGUAAGAAUGCACCAAGUCCUGGACCAAACUCUGCAGGAGCUCAACAGCUUGUAAAACAUCAAACAGAACAUCGAGUAAACGGAGAAACAAACUUUGUUUUUUGUAAGAGAUUUUUUUUCUACACCAUGCCAUCCAUUCUUGUAAUUUCACGCCUACCUUUGUUAAACACAUGUAGCCCAUUUAUGUAUUUAUGUUUCUUUUUCUUUUUUUUUAUGGUUUUGGGUCCAAACAAUUUCAGUAUUGGUGCUAGAAAUUGUGUUUUAGACCAAACUGAGAGCACAAAUAAAGCUCAUGAUGAUGCCCGUCUCGAUACUGUCGCUGCUGAUGAUGAUGCUUGUCCUUUCUGUGAAGGUGCUGUUCUGCACUUUUCUUUCUGUGACCCCGAGGCAGUGAAGUAGAAAAACUGAGAAAGCUCACAGGGAGUUUACAUGCAUGAACAUGCAUUGUGUUUUCUGUAAGAGACUGACAUGCUGUUGGAGUUACGUAAUCUUAGCUCCCACAACUGAAAUGGCACUGAUUUAUGAUUUUGUCAUUGCAAAUACAUUUACCCCCAGUUCAAACAAGAAAAUGUUUCAAACAGCACAAGCUAUCAAGACUAACCUCUUAAACGACUGCAUUAGUGUAGUUUAGUUCAGCUACAACAUUCUGCAACCUGAUUUUUUUGCAGCACCACACAGUCAAGAUAAUCACAAUAUAAUUCUUAUCUGGUGCUAGAUUUGGCGAUGUGAAUGAAUGUUUUUGGAAGCAAGCACUGAAAUGUAAAAACAGUUUGUACCAGACAUCUGAAGGCCUUGAAGCUGACCUGGAGCAACGUGGAAGACAAUUUCAACUGAUGCCAACUGAGGCUGUGGAUAAAGAACGAGGAGGACAACACUAUUGACAUGAAGCAAUAAAGAUUAACCCUAA